AUGGAUAUUAAAGAAGAGAAUAAUACUGAAGAAAAUGAUGAAUUGAUAUGUAGAUGGAAUGAUUGUAAUCAACCUCAAUUCAAAAAUUUAUCUAAGUUAGUUAAUCAUUUAAAUAAUGAACAUUUGAAUAAUAACUUUCAAAAACAUUCAUAUUCGUGUUUAUGGAAAAAUUGUUCACGUUAUGGGAUAGAACAACCAUCAAAGUUUGCCUUAGUAUCUCAUUGUAGAACUCAUACUGGAGAAAAACCAUAUUUCUGUCCAAUACCUGAAUGUGAAAAACAUUUCACUAGAUCGGAUGCUUUAGCUAAACAUGUUAAAGGUGUUCACGAUUUACAUGUACUAAAAGAUGCCGUAGCUUUGAAUAGAGACAGAGUUAAGAAAGGUAGAAUGGAAGCCAAUUUUGAAAAUCAAGAAAAUAUAAGUGAAAUGGAAUUUUUGAAAUUAAUUGAACAAGAUUAUAAUUUUAGAAUCCCAUGGUGGUUUUCAAAUGAUUUUUUAAACAUUUUGAAUGAAGAAGAUGAUUUGAAAUCUAUCUAUAAGAUUCCCUUAAAUGCCAAUGAAUAUAAAAUGGCGUUGAACCGUUAUAAAUCAUAUUAUUCUAAUGAAAAUUUGGUCACUGAUUCUACUGACCCUUUGGCCAUUAAAUUAAAUCAAUCAAUAACGUCUUUCAAGAAGGAACCAGAAAUAGAUUAUGAUAGUAUUAAUGAUAUUGAAUUAUUAAGACAACUAGAAGCUGAUUUAAAUUCAAGAUUAUCUUCAAGUCACAAAAUGAAUAAAAUUGUUAAAAAUGAAUUAACAUCCUUAUUAAAUGAGAAGAGAGAAUUAUGGGUUAAAAAUCAACUCUUACUUGAUGGUAAUAUUAAGUUAAGUAUCCCAUCAAAGACAGAUAAAAUUGAUGAUGAGUUAAGUACAGUUUUAAGUUGA